AUGAAUAAAGGAGUUCCACUGUACGCAGAAUCGCUUAUCUUACACAGAAACCUCAUUUCAGGAUCAACCCCAGAGACAGCCGAUUGCCAGCAGGACACCAGCAUGUUCUACAGUGUGGCGGAGAAGAACGGAGCCGCAGUCACCGGAAGCAUUACUAGUAGUGGCCAAAUCUUCGCACAGGAGCGCAGGAAUGCAAGUACCAACAUUUUAUUAGUAGUAUGGUGCUCAGAUUAUCGACAGUCCAAGUACAGAACAUACGACGGCACCUGUAACCAUCCCAGAAACCUCGGAGCUGCCUUUACACCCUUGUCUAGACUGCUGCCGCCAGCAUAUGAUGACGGAGUGAACACUCCACGUACUAAAGGCGAGGACGGAGCGCCACUCCCCAGCCCCCGAUUAGUCAGUACUACCGUUCACCCAGCGGAGAGCAGCGGCGAAUCUUUCACUCACAUGCUCGUACAGUGGGGUCAGUGGGUGGACCAUGAUAUGACCGGCAUUGUAACCUCUUCAAGUAGAACGAAUCCCAUCAGGUGCUGCGGGUCCAAUGGAACUAUUCCAGGUGCUGGCACAAACAAAGAUUGUUUUCCUAUUGAGCUACCGGAAACUGAAAAACAAUUUGAAGGCAGGUGUAUGGAGUUUGUCAGAUCACUAGCAGCAACAAAUGCAACUGGACAACCACUGCAGCCAAGAGAACAAGUGAACUCUCUCAAUGCGUUUAUUGACGGUUCUCAAAUUUACGGUUCCACAACAGAAAGGGCUGCACUUCUAAGAGAAAAAGACGACUACCUAAUGCGAACGAAAGGCGACUUCCCUCCAGAAUCACCCGAUGCUGGAUGCAUCAAGAGGCCUGGUUCAAAGGACUACUGUUUUAUGACAGGUGACCUGCGCACUCACGAGAACCCUGCUUUGACCGCACUACACGUCAUCUGGUUGAGGGAGCACAAUAGAAUUGCUAGCGAGUUGUACACUUUGAAGCCCAAUACCGAUAAGGAAGAAAUAUUUCAAAUGACCAGGAAAAUGACUGGCGCUCUACAGCAAACCAUCACGUACAACCACUAUCUCCCUAUAAUACUUGGUAAAGACGCGGACCGCUUGAAACUGGUGUCUAUGGAGGGCCGGACUGUGUAUAAUCGUGAUACCGAUCCAAGAAUAGCCAAUGUCUUCUCAUCCGCUGCCUACAGGUUUGGACAUUCAAGCGUACCCUCAGCUUACAUUAUUGGGGACAAACUCAUCCCGAUGAGACAGUUGUUCAGCAGACCGGCUAUAGUUCUUGAAGAAAUGGAUAAUCUUUUGCUUGGACUGGUUGGAAUGACCAAAUUUAAAGAAAAAGCUGCUCAGAAAGUUGACAGGAACAUUGUUGAUGAACUCACACUACACCUGUUUGAACCAAACAGUACCUCUCCUGGCAAAGGUCUUGAUCUGGCGUCUUUGAACAUUCAGCGUGGACGGGAUCACGGUUUGCCGUCAUACACAAAAUGGCGUAAUUUCUGCGGCCUUCGUCCUGUGUAUGGCUUCAAUGACACGGAAGUUUUGGGGGCCUAUGCCAACCAGCUUAGUCAAGCUUACAG